CAAUCUUGAGUAAUAUAAACAGCCACAUGUGGGACAAGCAUAUUCUGCAAAAUUAGGUGUCCGGUAAAACUAGUUUCACCACUACUUGCUCUGCCUCAUCUCUGAAAUUGAGUUCUGAGUCAUAGCCCUUAGCUGAUGUAAUUAGCAUUUACUAGCAAGUGCCCUGCUGUAUGUUCAGCAGCAUAAACAACAGAGCAAGGAGCAGUGCAGACCUGGAGAACACAAGAAGACUUUGUUGAUUGCACUAAUCUUAGAAAAAUGAAGUCAAUCUUUUACCUGUGUUUUUUGUUUGCCGGGAUUCAUGCUGAUAAACUUUGCCAACAGAAUUCUAGCUACAACAAUCCUGAAAAUUACCACUGUGAAAACAGAAACCAAGUAGAUCCAGCAAAUGAAAAUAUGCUGGGUCAUAAAGUAGGGAGAAGCAUUUGUCAGUUUGCAUUUUCUUUUUAUAAGGAGGCUUCUCAGAGAAACAACAGGAAUAUGAUCUUCUCUCCCAUGAGCAUCUCCACUGCCUUUGCAAUGCUGACCCUGGGUGCUAAAUCAGAGACACUGCAACAGAUUCUUAGAGUGCUGGACUUUAAACCAAAUGAGAUUCAGCAAAGGGAGAUACAUGAAGGUUUCCGUCAGCUCAUGCAAACACUAAACCGCCAGAAUGCUAACUUCCAGCUGGAUGUGGGGAAUGUCCUGUUUGUGAAAGAGCAGCUGAAACUGCAACAGCAAUUUUUAAAUAAUCUAAAAAACUUUUACAGUGGAGAAGCUUUCCCAGAAAACUUCAAGAAUGUCAGAUCAGUUCAGCAGAAGAUCAAUAAUUACAUAGAGAACAAAACACAUGGGAAAAUUGUCAACAUACUCAAUAAUCUGGAUCCAGUUACUGAAAUUCUUCUUGUUAGUUAUAUUUAUCUUAAAGCCACGUGGAAUAAAACUUUCAAUCCAAAGUACACUAAAGAUGAUGACUUCUUUGUGGAUGGAAACACAGUUGUUAAAAUCCCGAUGAUGUUCCGGUUGGGCAUAUACAAACACGUCUAUGAUGACCAGCUGUCUAGCACCGUGGUGCAAAUGGAUUAUAAAGAAGAAAGCACUAAAGCAUAUUUUAUUCUGCCUGAUGAAGGACAAAUGAGGAAGUUGGAGAAUGGCUUGUCAUGUGAAAGUCUGUCUAAAUGGAGAAAAUUACUUUCAGAAAGCUCAAUCAAUUUAUAUCUUCCAAGAUUCUCUGUUGAUGGCAAAUUUGAUUUAAAACAAAUUCUUUAUAGAAUGGGCAUCAGAAAUUUAUUUGCUAAUGAAGCUGACCUGUCUGGAAUUACCGGGUUGCCCCGGCACAGGAUCUCAGAGGCUAUCCAUCAGGCCAUCGUGAAUGUGGAUGAGAAUGGCACUGAAGCUUCAGCAGCCUCUACUAUGGAUAUAGUGCCAAUGGCUGUGCCUGCUACCAUUAGAUUCAACAAGCCCUUCAUGAUAAUAAUAUCUAUCAAUAAUAACAUACUCUUUAUGGGCAAAAUCACGAACCCUAUGAAUCAAUAGUUACUAAAGUGCUGUACGCGUUAACUAUGAAUAAUUUACCACCACUAUUAAAUAAAGAAACGUAUUGACCUAAUCAGCGUAGAGAUGGCUUUAGAGGCCACCUUUUCCCUUGUAAUGUUGUAUAUUUUGCUUCACAACUGAGACCUUUAAUCGAUUUUAGAUCACCAUCACUACAGAUUAUUUUUAAAUCCAAACUCAAACCAAAGAAAAGAAAAGGAAUUUGAGUUCAGGCAGAAUCAUCAGCAGAGGUGAAAAGAAAAAAUCCUUUGUAAUGUUGAAAACAGCAAAACAUUUUCUGGAAAGUGAGGAUCAGAAAAGAUGUUGAGAUUACUAACCUAUGCCUGCUGCACCCCUCCUGUCCACAUCCUCACCAUGUAAAUUACAUUUGUUUUGCAUGCUCACUGACUGCCAAAUCAGACCAAGUUACACUCCUUUACCACUUACAUCCGUUUUCUCACCAACCUGAGGCUCAGUCUAGCAGAUACCUAUUAACAAAUGUAGUGCUUACUACCCUGAGUGGCCCCAUUGCUGUCAAUGAGUCUGAUAAAUCAUUGCCCUGUGGACCCUUUGUGCCAGGUGGGUGAAAAGGGAUCACAGAGAAAGUGUAAGGUCUCCCUGGUGAAGAGCAUUGACACCUCUGUAUUGACCAUUCUAGGGCAGGACAGAGGCAUAGCAGAAUUGGGCCAGAGGAAGGAAAUGGAACAUCAGGAAUGGGAGGAGGCAUGACCGGAGUAAAACUGUGCCCCAGCAAUUCUGCAUCCUUGAAGUGGCCCCUGGGUGACACUGGUUCAGUUUAGGUCAGCCUUGUGCCAGGGCCUUAGUCAAGUUCUGGAAGCUCCCAAAUAAGGGGAAUGGCUUUUGUUUCCCCAAUGUCCAUGUGUCAGUAUUUUUGACAAUAUAGGAUGAAUCUAACCCAGUGGAACCACUCAUGAUAGUAACCAUCACUCCAAUAGUAAAUGUUUGCUGGAUCCAUCACUUGCAGCCUAUCUGUAACUUACACCGCGUUUUACAUAACUACAUGUUUUGGCUGUAGUGUCUUGAAGUGGGCCCUGUCUGUUCCCAGAUUGUAUCUUCACAGAAUAUCUGCACUCAGCUCAACACCUGCUUUAUAUUUUAAAAUAGUCACAUAUAGUUGUAUAGGAUUUCUCUUUAGUGUUAGGAUACAACGGGUUCCAAGAUCACUUAUAUUACAGAUGCUUAUUUAUAUAUUUUUCUUACCUAAAUUUUACCUUCAUACCAUUUUACUCUUGUUUCAGAAGAUCUAUCAAUAUUUUUUCUCCUAUAUUCAUGCUGAUGGUAUAUUUUCUGACCUCUAGUGGCAGAAGAGGUAAAUUACUGAGUGAUUCUGUUAAUGGGUAUUCUAUGUUAUGAUUUCCAGUCUUUAUGUUUGACCUUGAAAUAUACAAACAAGUUAUUAUGUUAGAGAAAUGAAAAUUAAUAAACAUGUAAUUUAAAAGUC